AUGGACGUUUUAACUCACUCAAAUAUCAGUCCGACGGACAAUGCACAAGCGAUCCAACUGCCACCAAUCUCGUCAUUCGACAGCCUGAUAAAAUCCGGUGCCAAACACACGAACAAUUCCCGUUCCGGCUUAAAUACAAAUGGUAAUGCCAACGUCAACGCCAAUGUCAAUGUCAAUGUCAAUGUCAAUGCGUCCAUGCGGAUUGGCCCACAUAGCCCUGCUUCCAGCAUCACUACGCCCAUCAAUUGUGCCAGCGGCAGUUACGCUCAUCGUGCUUCUAUCGCAUCGAUAAUGACUAAUAAUAGCAUGAGCCCGCGCACAAGUACUGAUCACGUGGCCAAUUUGAACGGACCCAACUUCAACGAUUCCAGUGUGUCGGGCACCCCAGUCCUGCCUGGGAAGCCCAACAGCACAUCUAGUGGCUCUGGCAAGGGCCUUUCCGAUAACCUUUUAUCUUACCAAUUCGGAAGCACCGGUUCCAGUCCAUCUGCUCAGGCAUACCGUGCCUCUGUCAGUCUCAGUCACAGCAAUAGUUUCGUGCUACCCCAUGACCAGUCGCAGUCGCAAUCGCAGGCCCAGUCCCAACAGACAGUGCCCAAGUUGAACGCAGGAUUUUCAAAUUUGGACGUGCUGCUGGAUCAGAAUGGUCAUAAUACCCAGGUACAUCAAUUCGUGAGCGUGCGGAACGCACACUCUCUCCCCGGUACACAUCAGAUUAUCCCUCCUAUUCCACUGAUACAGAACCAUUCCACUUCAAGCCCAACUUCAUGCUCGACUACUUCAUCCUCUGUAGUUUCUACCCCUUCUGUUUCUACUGCCUCUUCUUCCAUCACCGGUGACGUCUCAUCAUCGUCGUCUCUUUUAGCAAAUGACAGUACCGCAAAGCUCAGUACUGGUACAACCUCGAGUCCAAAUAUGGUGGUGAAGAAGCAACCUAGAAAGAAGAAACAAUGUCCUCUCUGUGGCCUAUUCUUCUCUAAUUUGUCCACACAUAAGUCCACACAUUUAUCUCCAGAAACCAGACCUUUCAAGUGCGAAGUUUGUUCUCGUGGGUUUGCAAGAUCGAACGAUUUAAUCAGACACAAGAAAUUGCAUUGGAAGGAUGAACUAAACCAGGAAUCGAUGGAUUUUGUAGAGAAACUGAAAUGUUUACAUGAAUUGAAAGGCACUUACAAAUGUCCCUUUAACUCUAACCUAAUUAAUUUGGAUCUAGGACUGAAGGGAUCAGGGGUAGAAACAUCGGACUUACCCUUUGAAACCUCAAACUGUCAUUCAACAGGUAUAUUUUCUCGUUGUGAUACUUUCAAGAACCACUUGAAAGCAUUGCACUUUGAAUAUCCCCCAGGAACCAAGAAGAAGGAUAGAUCUAAAGUAGCAGGUCACUGCAAACAUUGUGGGCAGAAGUUUGAUAACAUCGAAAUAUGGUUGAAAAACCAUGUCGGAAAGGAAUGCGGUUACAAUUUCAAGGAUUGA